CAAUACCCGAUUUCUUCUUUCUCCUUGUUCCGGUAACGGAUCCGAAACAGCUUUUGGGUAUCUGCCAAGGGAAGAAGCACAACCCGCCAGUUGAAUCUCAAAAAUAAUUCUGAAAAGUCUAAUUUAUUGAGUAAAAUCUGAAAUCAAGGUUGAGAUGAAACGUUCUUUGAUCUUUCUUCUGUGGUUCAUCUCCAUAUCGGGCGUUCUCGCAAUCUCAACGAAGCCGGAGAACUCCCUCUUGAAUCUCGACAGCAAGGGUUUCGAUAUCUUGAAGGCCAAUUCCAUAGUGCCACAAGCGCCUAAAAAUGAUAUAGCGCUAGUGGCUGCUUUAGAUGGGACAAUUUAUUUCGUGGAGGCUAGUUCGAGGAAAAUACUGUGGUCGUUCGCGUCUGGUUCAUCUAUCUAUUCUUCGUAUCAGGCUUUUCUUGAUGGUGAUAACGACAAGCAGCUGAGUACUGACUUCUUUAUAGAUUGUGGAGAUGAUUGGGAACUGUACAGGCAUAACAUUAGCUUCGGAAAAAGGGAAAAACUUCUAUUGACUCCUGAAAAAUAUGUUGAAGGUGCGCCUUAUGUAUCAAAGGAUGGAGUCACAGUGGGAUCAAAGAAAACCACAGUAUUUCUUGUUGACGCCAAAUCUGGAACAAUUAUUACCACUUUUAGAUCAGAUGCUUCUCCUUUGAUAGGAGGGUUUCAAGGUGAUGAAGAAAACCCUAUUCUAUCUAGGGAAGAGAUUGAAGAAUUGAUAGAGCCUGGUGAUGUGGAUUUGCAGAAAGUUGAGCUGCCACUUUACAUCAUGAGGACAGAUUAUGUACUGCAGCAUUUCUCUCCAACUUCUGGCAAAGUGUUGUGGAAUGUAAAGUUUGCUGAUAUUGAGGCUGUUUUUCGGUGUCCAGGGACUGAGAUUGGUUCAGAAUAUAUGAGUGAUAUUGAGUCUCCAUUGCAUUGUCAGACAAGGGCUUCUGUAUACCGAAUCCGUGAGCCUAGCUUGUUAGAUUCUUUUCCCAUGCAUGAUAGACUACCUAAGACUCUUCCUGCUGUGGAAGUGCUCUCUCUUCCUGCUUCUGAACCCAGAUCCCAUAGCUUGUUAGAUUCUUUUCCCAUGCAUGAUAGACUACCUAAGACUCUUCCUGCUGUGGAAGUGCUCUCUCUUCCUGCUUCUGAACCCAGAUCCCAUAGCUUGUUAGAUUCUUUUCCCAUGCAUGAUAGACUACCUAAGACUCUUCCUGCUGUGGAAGUGCUCUCUCUUCCUGCUUCUGAACCCAAAUCUCUUUCACAGCCUGUUGGCAGGUUACCUGGACCUCAUCACCUUGGCCAAGGCAAACCACUGCUUGCAUUGCCCCUUUCUGAGGGGACUUUGAGUGUUCAUGGUGGUGAUGCUAGUGAAAUGGAUAUCAUGAGCAUUGUUUCUGACAAUAUUGAGAAGCUUGGAAUAUGGGUUGCCCCACUACUGUUCAUUGUUGGCUUCAUCAUUUACCAAUUUUUUGCAGUUCGAGAACCUGGCAAAUCAAAGCCCGAGGAUUCUAAAGUACAAGGUAUCAGUCCCAAAAAGAAGAAAGCUCGGAAAUCGGUAAUCAAUAAGAACAAUGCCAGUAAUGAGAAAAGGCAUGGAAAUAUCUCAUAUGAGAGUAAGGUUGCAGACAAUAAUGGACUUUCACAAGUCGAGAGAAAUGAAACAAAAUUGGAGUUGAACUCUAAUAGUCUUGCUGAUGUUCAUGUAGGCGAACGCAAGAUUGGUAAGAUGCUUGUAUCUAAGAAAGAAAUUGCUAAGGGAAGCAACGGUACCAUUGUACUUGAGGGAAUUUAUGAUGGCCGUCCAGUAGCUGUUAAACGUCUUGUGCGGACACAUCAUGAUGUGGCUUUGAAAGAAAUUCAGAAUCUUAUUGUAUCAGAUCAGCAUCCAAAUAUUGUUCGAUGGCAUGGAGUAGAGUAUGAUCAAGAUUUUGUUUAUCUCUCUCUGGAACGCUGCAAUUGUAGCUUAAGUGAUUUGAUUUAUUUAUGCUCCGAUUCUCAAGAUCAAGUAGUUAACCAGGACUGGGAUUCCAACAUCUUGAAUGAGUAUAUUGUUCGAUUACAUUCAAUAAUGGAUCCAAACAAGGAUUUUGAAUUAUGGAAGACUAAUGGAUAUCCCUCUCCUCAGUUGUUAAAAUUGAUGAGGGAUGUGGUCUCUGGGCUAGCCCAUUUGCAUGAACUUGGAAUUAUACAUCGCGACCUAAAGCCUCAAAAUAUUUUGAUAAUCAUCAAGGGGAAAUCCUUAUCUGCAAAACUUUCAGAUAUGGGUAUCAGCAAGCGUCUUCUUGGGGAUAUGUCUUCCUUAACUCACCAUGGUACUGGUUAUGGGAGUUCAGGUUGGCAAGCACCUGAACAACUUCGCCAUGGACGCCAAACACGUGCAGUGGAUUUAUUUAGCUUGGGCUGUGUUCUUUUUUUUUGUCUCACGGGGGGUAAACACCCAUAUGGUGACAAUUUUGAACGUGAUGUGAAUAUUGUGAAUAACAGGAAAGACCUAUUCUUAAUAGAGAAUAUUCCUGAAGCUGUGGAUCUUUUCUCUCUUCUCCUAGAGCCUGACCCAGAUUUAAGGCCAAAGGCCAUGGACGUGUUGCAUCAUCCUUUCUUUUGGAGUUCUGAAAUGCGACUUUCAUUUCUUCGAGAUGUCAGUGAUCGUGUGGAAUUGGAAGACAGGGAGAAUGAAUCCCAACUCCUAAAAGAAUUAGAAAGCAUUGGAACAUUGGCUUUGAAUGGGAAAUGGGAUGAAAAGAUGGAAGGUGCAUUCAUCAAUAACAUUGGCCGCUACAGGCGCUACAAAUUUGAUAGUGUCCGUGACUUACUGAGAGUCAUACGAAACAAGUUAAAUCACUACAGGGAGCUUCCUUCAGAUAUCCAGGAAAUUUUGGGCCCGGUUCCUGAAGGAUUCAAUUUAUAUUUCUCGAGUCGAUUUCCAAGAUUCUUAAUCGAGGUUUAUAAGGUGAUACACACACACUGUAGGGAGGAAGAAUUCUUUCAAAAGUAUAUUCAAAGAAAUCUUAUCUAACCCAACCUCCUCUUUCUCCCUUCUUGCUUUCCCGGCUUCCCUUUUAGCUGCAAGAAAAUCUGUGAAAUAUACUGUAAAUAUUCAUUAUAUUAUACCGUCAACAGAUACAUGUAUCAUUUCAUUACCUCAGACGUAUUUAGCACACGUUUCCUUUUCUGAUGAUUUCAUGACUAAUAAUACUCUAGUGUUAAACA